AUGUCGCUCUACGAUUCUGUUCGGGCAUCCGUGGACAAGUCUGGCGAAUUUGAACAGGUUUCUGUCAAUCAGCGUGCAUUGAUCGAUAAGAUUCUUGCCCGAUAUGCCUCUGCAGGAGCAGUUUAUCGAGAACUACUGCAGAACUCAAACGAUGCCAAUGCCACAGAAGCUGAGGUUCACUUCACGACUAGUCCUGAAAAGAAUAUUGUGACACAAGUUGAAUACAAAAACAAUGGGUUGCCAUUUCGACCUCAGGAUUGGGCUCGGCUGAAGAAAAUUGCAGAAGGAAAUCCUGACGAGAGUAAGAUUGGAGCUUUUGGUGUUGGUGCGUAUACGAUGUUUUCCAUUUGUGAAGAACCCAUGGUUCUGAGUGGGAAUCAAGCUCUAGCAUUUGUGUGGAAAGGCGAUGCUCUGUGGACAAAGACAGUCGACACUGACAAGCAGAAAGAGAACAAAUGGACUACAUUCGUACUGCCUUCCCGAGAUCCAUAUCCUCUUCCAUCAUUGGUUGAAUUUGGAGAAUUUCUGUGUGCAUCCCUGACUUUCACAAAAAACCUGUCAGAACUUCGAGUGUUUGUCAACGGGAAGAAAAGAUUGACCAUCGUUAAGACCCAAAUACAGGAACCGACACCAGUACAAAUUCAGAAGAGUUCCAGUUGGUGGAAAACAGACGGAGCACUCACAGAAAGCCCUCAAGGUCUAUUCAGCCUCCAAAACGAGAACUCUCUACUAGAGUCCUUUUAUCACAUCCAAGUUACUCUAGAUGGCGAGACAGCUGCAGUGACUGCAAGAUACUUGUCUGCAACAGCAAAGACCAAGGUCCCAUCCAGCAUGGUGAAACGCAUGGAACGAGUUAUGAAGAAGAAGCCGCCCGCGAAAGUGGAAGUUCAGAUAUUUCUCAGUGGCCAAGAGCAAUUCGACGGCACAAGUAGAAAAGGCGAGGCAUACAAAAUAUUGCAGUCCUUUUCGCCUCGGGUGGGGGAAGGAAGGAUUUUCAUCGGCUUUCGCACUUCGCAAACGACAGGUCUUGCCGCGCACCUUGCUGCUCCCUUUGUACCCACCGUUGAGAGAGAAGCCAUGGAUCUGCAAGACCAGACUUUGCGAGUCUUCAAUCUAGAGCUCUUGGAGUUCUCGGGUAUUCUAAUGCGUCUGACUCUGGAACAUGGAAUGGGUGCUUUAGGAGCGCAAUAUGAAAAGGGAAUUGAUGAACGUGCGAAAUUGGACGAAGAGCUAAUGAAACAGGACGAGGAGGUAUCAACAACGGAGGAAGAGGAGACUAAUGGAAAAGCGUCAACAGACGAAGUAGAGGAUGAUGAUGCUUCAAAGGCAUCAUCAUCGAGUUCUAUGUGGGGAUUUGCAAAGUAUAUGGCGAAGGGAGUUAAGAAAACUAUCGUAAAAGUCAAGAGCAAAGUGGAAGAAAUAGUGGAUGACGGAGGCGAACUUAUGAAUCCCCGUGACCCACGCCCGCUUUGUCACGAAGAGACACAAGCCAUCAUUCUCAUGCAAUCAUUUUGUCCACGGCAGUCAACACCUGACCCCUUGGUCGGUACAGCUCUCGCUCAGGGGUUCUCGAGGUGCUUUGCGGACAGGGCGCCACCCGUUUUGUCAAGGUCUGGUGUUGUUCCUGGUGACCAAGCGCGGUUGCCAAAUAAGGGAAUGGAAGCUUUCUGUACCCAGGGCGUCAUCCGAUCUAUUGUUUAUCAGAAUGCGGAGGAGUACCAUAAUGUGAUUGCUCAAUGUCGCGUCCUUGAUAUCAAUGACUUGGCAGCGGCUCUUUCAGAGACUGUCCUCGAAGAGAAGCAAUUAAUUCGAUUGAUGAACUGGUGGGUCAGAUACACCAAAAUCAAUACGUACAUUUCCAGCUACCAAGGUGUGGACAUCAAAGAAAGAAUUCGUUUCAUCCUUGAAAAAAGUGAAGGCAACGAACCGAUGAAUGUUCUCGAGCUAAAGAACUAUAUCUUUUACUUGGACAAAGAGAAGAUUCGAACUGGUAGUGGAUAUAGCAUUGAAGAUCUUCCAAUACCAGAUUCGAUUCUACCAAAGACAAUUCGAGACUCAGUCACACUUAGAACGCUCAACGAUCAUAGUCUUCGAGUAUGGUUCUCGCCUUUACCUGUAGAGAUCUGGAUCGAUUUCAUUGCAGGACACCCGGGUAUCAACUCAGGCCAGCCUGAAGAUGAGCAGCUGUGCUUACGUGUGCUAUCAACAUUGUCACAAGAAUACACCAGGCGCUCCCUGUCGGAGCAAAGAUCUUUUGGGAGCUACUGUCAGAGCGUAUUGAGAGAAAAGCGAUGCAUUCCUUUCGACUCCUCUAUUCCAACAUCUUUUUCGGCAGAUUUUCCUUCCAACUUGUACCUUUACUCAGCGGAACUUAAGGCGUUUGAUGGGGUGGGCAAUUUUCACAAGGUAUCGCAGCAUCUCAAACAAAUGGGAAUCACGGACGACUUUCUUGUGUCGCUUGGGGUUCGAAAGAGUGUUGCAAUCGACUUCUUGUUUGCUCAUUUGGAUACCUUGCAAUGGUCUAGCGAUCCAAAACCACUCAUCGAGUACUUGCGGUCGGCUAGCUUGACGAAACAAGACUUUACUAAACUGAGAUCAACCCAAUACCUUCCUGCAGAGAACGAUGAGAGCAGAAUGUUUGGACCUUCGGAGCUGUAUCUUCCAAACCGAGAACUCCGGAUCUUUCCUUUCGUCAAACUGCUCCAGUGGCCAUCAGAAGAUGAUAUCACCGAGCGCUCGCUCAAUGGAAGGUUUCUGACUUCUCUUGGCGUCAACGUUCUACCACCUCUACUAGAGGUUCUGUUGUUCAUGGCCAAGGAAUCUACUGAUGAAGUCAUCCGACUCAAGUGUCUAGACUUUGUGGCAAAACGAUUGGGAUCUGGCGGUGAUUAUACAGGUGACUGGAACCGCUUGAGCAGAUCCGAUAAGCAGAAGCUAAAGUUCCUACCAGGUGUUGCAAUCUCGCCAAUUACUGGUAAAGAGAGAAGGACACUUUUCUCAACCUUGACUUGCUGCUACCUUGGAAAGUGUGCAGUCAUGGGAAUACCUGUUUUGGAUCCAAAUCUCGGCGAAAAAGCAAAAUUGUAUGGGACUCUCUUCCAAUGUGUUGCAGAGCCUGCUCCUGGUGCACUCCUCCAAAAACUCAAAAUGUUGGUGUCAGAAGCCAAGAAAUUGCUGGUGCAGUCUGACGGAAAAGAGUUUCAAGAAGUUUCCGAACAGGUCAUCGUUUCAUUUUCCAAGGUUUUUGACUAUCUUUCAGGGCGAACUUCUGAUUUGAGCGCAUCGAUGCUGGGAGGGCUUGCGAACGAAGACUUCAUUCCGUGUAUUGUAGAUGCAAGAGUUCAGUGGUUUAAACCAAAUGAAGUAUUUUUCAAGGGCGAAGAUGGCGAAGAGAGCGUUACCUCGUCUCUGUUCCAGGUUGUAGACUUCAGUCCUUUCCUGGCUGCCGCCGGAGUGAAGCAAGAAGCUGCAACGAAAGAUAUAUUCCGGCUCAUGAUCGAGUCUCCAGAGACAGUGUUCGCAGCAGCAAAGAGCGAGGCCAAAUACAAGCAAUUUCUUCGCCGUGUCGCAGCUCAUAAACCGUUCAAACGUGUCACACCGGAGAUUCGAGACUCCCCUUUCCUCCUGGCGUACUCCAUGUCAAAAGAAGAGUCGAAAGAAAAGACUACGUUUGAGUUGGCGAAAGCCCAAGAUGUCUACAUCAUUGACAAUUCUUUUUUUGCUCGCAUGUUUCCUGUAAAACGAGCUCCGCACGAAUCUGACUUGGAAGAUUUCUAUUCACUGAUAGGAUCAAGAUAUAUCUCCAAAGAGGUGAAGAAGAAGUACCAUGUUGUUGGUGAAGCGCAAUUCAAUAGCCCUUUGACACAGGAACUGGUCGCGAGAAUUCAAGAAAGAGGACCCUUGCUUGUCAGUCCGAGUGUGACUUCAAGACCAUUGGUGCCAAAUGCUGCAUCUAUCAUCGACGAGAAGAAACUAGACAUUGUUGAAGUUCCACAGUUGAAGGCUGUAUUCUCAUUGAAGAAAUCAACACGGAGCCAGAAAAUCACAUGUUGUUCAACGCAAACAAAAUUCGGGAAGAAUUGCCUGUAUGUCACCAAAGACUUCGAUUGGUUUGAUGUUGGCUACGCUAUUGGUGAGCUGAUUCUUGAACGCUGCCAGCUCGAAGAUGCUUUCUUCAUCAGCUCGCUUCUCGAAGCGCCUCUAGAGCAACUCCGAGCACGAGGAUUUCCGGUGGAUCGCAUCAUUCACCCCGAACCGCCUCCUGAACCGGAGCCCAAACCAGAGCAAGCAGUGCCUCAAGCAACUGCUUCAAAUGCCGCAACUGGGACCACUAGGAAUCAGACAAGGGCUCCCGAUGGAGGAGGUGUUUCUACAGAUGGAGUAUCGCCUUCGCCGCCUAAUAUUAGUCGUGGAGAAGAGAAAGUGGAAAGCUCUGAGGCAAAGAAAGAAGUACAAGGUUCUUUGGAAGAUUAUGUCGCAGUCCUGAAGAAUAUAUUCCCUGGCGUUGAUGAAGAAUACAUUCGAAAGCGGCUUGGUGACGAACCGACAAUGGAAGAUGUGCGUGAUUUAGCAGAAGAAAUGACAAACAGCGGUUAUCCAAAGGAAAUGAAGCAAGAAAUGCCAAAGCCGCCGAAAGAAGAGCCUCGGAAAUCUAAAAUCUUUGGUUCCAAAAAGCUGGGUCGCGCAGUCAAUGGACUAAUGGGCAGCGGCCUUGCUGGUAUGAAUACAAGCUCUUCAAAUUUAGGCAAGCAACAGCAAGGCGUCACGGCGGCUCCUCCGCCAGCAUUUGGUCGUGAUAGCAAUUCUGUAAAGUCGCCCGAGAUGGACGCUCUCGCACAUCAUUCUAUGGAAAAACAACUCGAACAAAGAAUCAAACAGUCAACAAACAUUGAUGGUGGCGGUUUUAGCUCGGAAGAUCGAGUUCAGGACAUUCCACAAGGAAUGGAUCAUGAUGAGUGUUGCGAACUUGUUCCAGGUCACGAUUUGAAGCCAUUCGCUAAUCUAGUGACUGGGAAAUCCGACACCCACAAUGGGAUCAAGAUUUUCUUUGCACGGAAAGACAAGGACUCUGAAAGCUUUGUGCGCUCGCAUAUGGAUGCGGUCGAGAGUUUUGCCGUUGUACUAGAGCGCUUGAGUGACAUCUAUGGUAUCAAGCUCAAUUCGGUGGCAAUAUAUCAUGACUCAGUUGGCAACUCCAUCGCUUUCAAUGCAAACCGAGCACUAUAUUUCAAUCUUCAUUUCUUCUGUGCUUUGCAUUAUGGGGAGAACGGAAGCCCCAAUAGCGAAUGCUAUUCAUACUGGUUUGUGACUUUUGCACAUGAGCUGGCUCAUCAUUUUGUUUCUGCACACAACCGAGCUCACGCAUUCUACACAGAGAGCUAUUGUACUAUGUAUUUUCCAAAGCUGCUGACCAUGCUUUCAAGAGCCUAG